UGACGGAGGAGGCGGGGCGAGGGCAGCGCGCAUAAAUAGGGCGCUGGGCGCCCGAGCGCAGCCAGCCUCCAGCACGGCCCGCGGCCCGGUGCCAGCUGAGCUGGCCACCGGUGUGCCAAAGUGCGGUGCUACCGCAGGGAUCCUGGCUUGGGAAGGGCCUCCGUGAGUCAUCUGCUGAGUUGUCGCAAUCGCCACCCAGAGGAAAUCAGGCACCGGCUGGGGCGCGUCCCUGGCUGCGCCCGCGUGUUCCACCCGCGCGGUGGUGUCCCUCCGCUCCACCUCGGCUCCCGCCUCUCGCUCGCGCUACCCAGGUCUGCGGCGGCUUCACCCCAGACAGGGGCCGCCAGCGGAGAAAGAGUUAACUGGCAGGGGCGAGGAGGAGCCCCGGGAGGAAGGAAGGAUAUUACCGUAAUCCUGAAAGUUUUUUUCCUUCCUCUCUUCCCCUCUGCGAGGUGAGUGCCGAGCUCGGCGCUGUGCUCCCGGUGCUCCCGCGGGACUGCCUGCGGACAGGGACUGCUGUGGCGCUCGGCCCUCCACUGCGGACCUCUGCUGAGUGGGUGCGCCGAGCCAUGGAGGGAGCAGAGCUGGCCGGGAAGAUUCUUUCCACCUGGCUGACGCUGGUUCUCGGCUUCAUCCUUCUGCCUUCGGUCUUCGGAGUGUCUCUGGGCAUCUCCGAGAUCUAUAUGAAGAUCCUGGUGAAAACUUUAGAGUGGGCCACGAUACGAAUUGAAAAAGGAGCCCCAAAGGAGUCAACUCUUAAAAACUCUGCUUCUGUUGGUAUUAUCCAAAGAGAUGAGUCACCCAUGGAAAAAGGGCUCUCUGGUCUACGAGGAAGGGACUUUGAGCUGUCUGACGUGUUUUAUUUCUCCAAGAAGGGAUUGGAAGCCAUUGUGGAAGAUGAAGUGACCCAGAGGUUUUCCUCAGAGGAGCUAGUGUCAUGGAAUCUCCUCACAAGAACCAAUGUAAAUUUCCACUACAUCAGUCUGCGGCUCACUAUGGUGUGGGUGCUGGGCGUCAUAGUGCGCUAUUGUGUCCUACUGCCUCUGCGGGUUACCUUGGCUUUCAUUGGGAUCAGUUUGCUGGUUAUAGGAACUACGCUGGUUGGGCAGCUGCCAGAUAGCAGCCUCAAAAACUGGCUGAGUGAACUAGUCCAUCUGACUUGCUGCCGGAUCUGUGUGAGAGCCCUCUCUGGUACCAUUCAUUAUCAUAACAAGCAGCACAGACCCCAGAAGGGAGGCAUUUGUGUUGCCAACCAUACUUCCCCAAUUGAUGUUUUAAUCUUGACGACAGAUGGAUGUUAUGCUAUGGUUGGCCAGGUUCAUGGUGGCUUGAUGGGAAUUAUUCAGAGAGCUAUGGUCAAGGCUUGUCCUCAUGUCUGGUUUGAACGCUCAGAAAUGAAGGAUCGACACCUGGUUACUAAGAGACUAAAAGAACAUAUUGCUGAUAAGAAGAAAUUACCCAUAUUAAUUUUUCCUGAAGGAACCUGUAUCAACAAUACUUCAGUCAUGAUGUUUAAAAAGGGGAGCUUUGAAAUUGGAGGAACCAUACAUCCAGUUGCAAUUAAGUAUAACCCUCAGUUUGGUGAUGCAUUUUGGAACAGUAGUAAGUACAACAUGGUGAGCUACCUGCUUCGAAUGAUGACCAGCUGGGCCAUCGUCUGUGACGUGUGGUACAUGCCCCCCAUGACCAGAGAGGUAGGAGAAGAUGCAGUUCAGUUUGCUAACAGGGUUAAGUCUGCUAUUGCUACACAAGGAGGCCUGACUGAACUUCCCUGGGAUGGAGGGCUAAAGAGAGCAAAGGUGAAGGACACCUUCAAGGAAGAGCAGCAGAAAAAUUACAGCAAGAUGAUUGCGGGCAAUGGAUCUCUCAACUGAGUGACGGAUGACAGCCUGUAGAUAUACUUGGCUUUCUAGAACUAGCCCUUAGAAAUGGAAUGGCUUUAUUUUUUUUGUUUUGUUUUAUUGUUUUGUUUUUAUUAUUGUUAAUCUUUUCUACAGAAUGAUUGUCUCUACCUCUUUAUGCCAGAGGCAGAACCUACAGGUGCCCUUUUUGGCUUUUGUUAUUGUUAUAACAUUAGCCCAAUGGAUUGUAAGGUAGUUUACUGAGUUAAAACAGAUUCUGCUUUUAUAAAAUGAUGGCGUCACUGUUGACUGAAUGAAAUAUUUGUACAGGAAAAAGUGUGUGUAAGGUGUGUUUGGAACUCAUCGAUAGGGUAAUUCUCAAAAAAUGCCCAAACUUUCUUUCUAUACUUAACCUUGCCACUUUCUUCAGUCACUUAACUGGUGAGAUUACACAUCAGUGCAAGAUGACCAUUAUGGUUAUGGUCUACUUACUGUAAGGCUGAAAGAAAAAUGGAGGAUUAUAUUUAGGAAAAGGGAUAACUAACUCUGUGGCCAUCUGCUCCGAAAGUCAAAAGGAAAUGUAAAUUAGUGUUAUUAGUGUGUUGGAAGAGAAUACUAUUCAGUAAGCUUUGCCAAAGAAAAGUGAGUCAAAGUUAAUGUGUGUGUGCAUUUAUAUGUAGGCAGCUCGUAGACACAUUUUUAGCCAGCAACUGACAACAAAGCGCUUACUUUUCCUUGUUUGAAUGCUGUAGAUGGAUACCUAGUUCCCUCCCAUCUACUGAUUUGUUUGUUUUUGUAACCAAACACAUUUUCAGAUAGAAGGAGCCUUAAAAAAAAAAAAUCACAUUGAGUAUCUUAAGCAUGGAUGAAUGAGAGUGUGUGGAGCUGCCCCUCACCCUCCACCCCUUUGUGGUUUAUUCUCGAAUUUUCCCAGUCUCUUUAAACAGAAAAAAUUACUGAUACUAUAAUUACCUUUCAGAAACUGAGCCUUAAUUUUUUUUUAGAGGGGGAAAUAAGUUUUUCCCAACUCACACAGCAUAAGCAAUGUUUGACAGCAAUAUGAUGCCGUUGUAUACUCCUGAGAGUAUUAUAUCUGUUCUGGUAACCGUGUACAGAACGUGAAACUGUCUUCUCAUGACUAUAAAUAAAUUCUAUAUUUCUAAA